AUGAGUGAGUCACCUGGAUCGAAUGGAGACGAAAUGCCGAUCGUGAGGGAAAUUCAUCAAAACGGCAAGCUUCGCUAUUUGCCGCAUUUGCGACGAGAUACUCGUGGGCGGAUUCGCGAGGCUUUCGGCCGGAUCCCUCUCGACGAUGACUCUGUCGAAAUACCGAGUAGACGAGCUAGAGUUCCUGACGACAUUCGAACCACUGUGAUGCAAUGGGCUGAUCGAAUAAAUGGAACAGUUGUCGAUGACAUUGGCCACAUCAUACCGUUCAAAUUAAAUGGGGCCGAUCAUGCUGAGAACUUUUACCCGCAAAAUGCAACUGCCAAUCGACUGAUGGGCUCGAUCCAAGAACGAUGGAUGUCACUGAGUCGACGAGACGUUUUGAGUAUGAUAAUGAGGAGGAGCGUCGCCCAAGCCGCUCCAUCCAACAUCACGAAUGAGGCUAUCGGAAUGGGGAUCAUGCGAGUUUCGACUGUGUCGUCGAGAACCCGACCAAAGCCAAAGAAAGCACAGUUGCGAUAUAUAGAGAGAUCGGAGCCUCCACUGAACAACUUCGCAACAACAUUCGAAGGAUUGUGGAGGAGAGCGCGGCUGCACUCAAUAAAAGUA